UGCAGGAGUGUUAAGAGAGUUCCUUUCGUUUUCAGGAUAUCGUUUGUAUUUUAAGUAACCAUGAGUAAAAGAGCCUCUACCAAGAGGCAAAAACAACAAAAACAAGGUCUGGACGCUGCAGAGGAUCACUUCAAGGAGGCUUGCGAAAUAUUUCAGCGAGAAGCAGCUAGACUUCGCCAAGAGCAGGAAGCGAUCGACGCCAUGUCGAAGAAGUUGGAACAUGCUCACUUUUCUUCAACUAUACAGCUAAAUGUCGGGGGUCAUCGCUUCACAACAAGUCUUCAAACGCUUACCAAGGAUCCAAAUUCAAUGCUGGCGGCCAUGUUUUCCGGGAUGUUUGAAAUGAAACCCAGUGAAGACGGCGCUUUCUUUAUCGACCGAGAUGGAACUCACUUCCGGUUUAUACUUAAUUAUCUUCGCAAUGGUAAGUUGACUUUACCGGAAGGUGCAACAUUUCUGAAAGAACUUGCUGAUGAAGCUGAAUUCUACCAGAUCCAAGGAAUUCUGGAAGAGUUGAAGCCUAAAGAACCGAAGAAUUUUGAAGAAUCAGUGAUUCUGACAAAUGAAGAGCACCGAAGCAAGCUUAAUAGUUGGCUGCCUCAAUACGAUAGAUGGCAUCUACUGUUCCGAGCAUCUCGAGAUGGCUUCAGAGCUCAAACUUUUCACGCCAAAUGUAAUAGCAAAGGACCCACGGUUACAGUUGUGAAAAGUGGAAACAAUAUUUUUGGAGGCUUCACGGAAAAUUCGUGGAAAAGUCACGCUAACUACGUGCACUGCUCACAGUCAUUCUUGUUUAGCAUGGUGAAUCCGCAAGGAGUGGCCCCGAGUAAACUGCCUCUUGUGAAAAAUCAGGAGUGUGCCAUUAAGUGUAGGAGCGACCAUGGACCAACCUUUGGAGGAGGGCAUGACAUAUAUAUAUCACAUAACGCAAACACAAGUGGUGCAAGUUACAGUAAUCUCGGCCACACGUAUCAGCGUCCCACCGGACAGCAGAGCACAUUCUUCACAGGAGCUCCACAUUUCAAUGUGACGGACUUCGAAGUCUUUGGAAUCUGCUAAUGACAGCCGUCACAAACAUUUGAGAAGCCAGCAGGCUAAACUUCACAAUGAUUUGAACUAUCUACUCGGUUAACUCUUUGAAAAGCUUAACUUUUAUUUCCAUUUUUUACAUCGAAAAGCACUAUUUUAUUCUGUCUGCAACCAAAGUAAAGUACAAGAUUCCCGUAGAAACCCAUACUACACUAUCAGACUAUGUCUCUACGGAAAUCUUUUCAAGCAAAGUUCCACACUUCAUUAUAAACUGUUCUUUCAGGUUGAAAGUAAUGGCAAACAGUAAAUUGCCUUUAAUUUGGGAUCACAGCUUUGCAUUGUUUUAGAAUAGUAUUGGGUUAUACGGAAAGCUUUCUAGUUGUUUGGCUGACGGAGAAGAAGCCGUCACAAGUACUGAAACAAAAUCUAUUUGAGACCAUUUAACACUUUAAUUUUUAGUGGAUACCGCCGACAGCCACUCUAUACAAUUCCCGAGGUAGAGAAUCAAUCUGUCGAAAAGCUGUUAACGAUCCAAUUGUUUAAAAACUUUUUUCGUUUGUGCACUCGUUUCACCGGUUAAAGAAGGCCAGAUGAAACAAAACAAACAAAAAUUAGGAUUUGGUAGGCCGCUCUUUACAUGGAACGUAAUAAAUAUAUUGUUGACUUGUCGGUUGUGUAUUCGUGUGAAUUGUCAGACUUCUGACGAUUCUUGCUGAAAGAAUAAAAUUUUCAAUUCAUGAAGCUAUGUAACUCAUCGGACGAAUGCUGCCUACCGCACUGAUUGUGAUUCAAAUGGCGGACAUAAGAUAUAAUCGGUGAUACUAACCUAAAUAUGACCGCUGUUU